GCUACAUACACCAAUCACAAGACUAUAAUAAUUCCAGUGUUCAUUGGAAAUGUAUUCCCGAUCAGUUGUGGCCUAGCAGUUAAACAUCGAUAACAGUUAUGAAUUAUGUUCAUUAUUUGCAGUUUGUUUAUUUAUUUAGCUUUGCUCUCCUUAAGUUUACCGCUGCACGUUUGUUCACUUUUACUUUGAAGACGACCUGUUCCUGUUUCCGGCUCUCGAUUUCCUUGUUCAAUUUUUUUUAUUGUACAUGUUGGACAAUGGAACAAACUGACGGUUUGUUGCGCUGAAUUGAAGUGCACGUCUUGAUUUAAUGGGACAAUAACAGACGCAAAGCGUUAACAGCGUUUCUGCAGCAUCUGCUGAUGAAGAACGAGCUCAACAAACGUCAACAUACAUUUACACUCAGAAUAAGUAGGGACAAUGAAAUUAGACAAUACCCCUUCAACUGGAAUUUUUCAUUACACAACGUCAACAACUGCAGAAGAAUUAAAUUUCAUGCACAAUCUCAAAGUAAAGUUUCCAACAUGUUGUGGAAUCUGCAUAAUAUUAAUAUGGUGUUCCUAAUAAAGUGCUCGCUGAGUAAACGCAAUAUAAGUAUUACUCUGUGAAGCAACUACAACUGAUAGUUAAUGUGUAACUUAAAUGACUUUUGUACUAAAGUAAGCACCAAUUUAAUGGUUAUGUAACUGCAGAAGUGUAAUGUUCGCAGUUAAGAGAAGGAAAUGGUUGAGAUGACUGCACUUCCGGUUUCUUUCUACGGCACUUCCGAACAUUAGCUAGCCUGCAGAGCUAGCUAACGCUCAAUUCAUUAGCUGUUAGCCGCGGUUUAAGUCCACAAAUCACCAUAUGGCUUACUAGUAUAUUUACGCUGCAGGUUCUUGACCGAGUCCACAUGUUUAAGUAAUAAAUCUGAUGUACUUUCGAUUGGUAUUUUUGUAACCAACUCAUCGUUGAACCGCCAAUCAGCUAAAAACAAAGCUGCUAGCUUCAGCCGUCCAUGUGCGUGCGACGCAGCGAUGAGAUGCAAAAGGAGCCAGCGGCUGCUGGUGCAGCAGCUGGAGAGGUUAAUAAUAAUAAUAAUACAGUAUAUCUCCUUUGUGCUACUCUUUUAUCCCGCUGCAUACCAGCCCGGUGAGGCGUGUGCUGCCGCCGCCGCCGCCGCGGAGGAGGAGGUGGGAACAAGCACCGACACCCUGUUAUUGUGCAGGGCGUGCGGACACGAGCUGGCGGUCGGGACGGACAUCCACUUUGUCCCCAGCCGGCUGGCUCUGUCCAGCCGCAACGACACGCAGGUCGGGGGUCGGAGGGUUAACGUGCAGCUCUUUGAAAACCCCCACGGACACCAGUUUGAGGUUGGGCCUUCCAACCCAGCAACUGGCCAGACACGAUCACUAAAACCAAAUUUGAGGCGUCGGAGCACACCUUCUUGGCUUUAAUCACCCAUCGACUAUUAAGAGAAGACUUUGCUUCAAGCUUGUUAAUGACGC